AUGAACACUGCGAGACUCUUGAGGCUUCAGCCUCUUCGGGCGGUCGGCCUGAGGCAAGCUGCCUUCCGUCAAUCCGCCCAGAAACAGACUGCCAGGCCGUUCCAUAACACCCGCACCAGGUUCAGAACAAAGGUGAGCAAGAGGAUUUCCUGA